UUCCGGUUGGAGACGUGGCUCAAGGGCCGCCAUCUUGGCAGUGGGUGAAGCGGCCGCGGCUCCUGUCAGGGGCAGCAGGUCCCGUCUGCCGGUGCGCCCCGUGCCCCGAGCCCGCCAGCCCAGCCCUGCGGAGCCGCCGCGAGCGCAGCCGCGUCCUCAGGAUGCUCCUCACCUGUACAAGACAGGUUUCUGUAAAGCUGAGAAGCCUCGCCAGUAGGAUGUUGACAUUUCAGUGGUCAUAUCUUAGCAUUGAGGCUUCUUCCCCAAUGUGUGCUGUUGGCAGCAGCGGUCUGCACGAAAGCGGGAAAGGCUAUUGUUUCCCGACAGUUUGUGGAGAUGACUCGAACUCGCAUUGAGGGCUUGUUAGCAGCUUUUCCAAAGCUUAUGAACACUGGAAAACAACAUACAUUUGUUGAAACAGAGAGUGUGAGAUAUGUCUACCAGCCUAUGGAGAAACUGUACAUGGUACUGAUCACUACCAAAAACAGUAACAUCUUAGAGGAUCUGGAAACCCUCAGGCUCUUCUCCAGAGUGAUCCCUGAAUAUUGCCGAGCCUUAGAGGAGAAUGAAAUAUCUGAUCACUGUUUUGAUUUGAUAUUUGCUUUUGACGAAAUUGUUGCCCUGGGAUACCGGGAGAAUGUUAACCUGGCACAGAUCAGAACCUUCACAGAAAUGGAUUCUCAUGAGGAGAAGGUGUUCAGAGCAGUCAGAGAGACUCAAGAACGUGAGGCCAAGGCUGAGAUGCGGCGCAAAGCAAAGGAAUUGCAACAGGCCCGAAGAGAUGCAGAGAGACAGGGCAAAAAAGCACCAGGAUUUGGGGGAUUUGGAAGUUCCACAGUCUCUGGAGGCAGCACAGCUGCCAUGAUUACAGAGACUAUCAUUGAAACUGAUAAACCAAAAGUGGCACCUGCGCCAGCCAGGCCUUCAGGCCCCAGCAAGGCUUUGAAACUUGGAGCCAAAGGAAAGGAAGUAGAUAACUUUGUGGACAAAUUGAAAUCUGAAGGUGAAACUAUCAUGUCCUCCAAUAUGGGCAAGCGUACCUCUGAAUCCACCAAAGUGUAUGUUCCACCCAUUAACAUGGAAAGUGUGCACAUGAAGAUUGAAGAAAAAAUCACACUAACCUGUGGACGGGAUGGAGGAUUACAGAAUAUGGAGUUGCAUGGCAUGAUCAUGCUUAGGAUCUCAGAUGAUAAAUUUGGCCGAAUUCGUCUUCAUGUGGAAAAUGAAGAUAAGAAAGGGGUGCAGCUACAGACCCAUCCAAAUGUAGAUAAAAAACUUUUCACCUCAGAAUCUCUAAUUGGCUUGAAGAAUCCAGAGAAGUCAUUUCCAGUCAACAGUGAUGUAGGCGUGCUAAAGUGGAGACUCCAAACCACAGAGGAGUCCUUUAUUCCACUGACAAUUAAUUGCUGGCCCUCAGAGAGUGGAAAUGGCUGUGAUGUCAACAUAGAAUACGAGCUACAAGAAGAUAAUUUAGAAUUGAAUGAUGUGGUUAUUACCAUCCCACUCCCAUCUGGUGUUGGCGCACCGGUUAUUGGUGAGCUCGAUGGCGAGUAUCGACACGACAGUCGACGAAAUACCUUGGAGUGGUGCCUGCCAGUGAUUGACGCCAAAAAUAAGAGUGGCAGCCUCGAGUUCAGCAUUGCUGGGCAGCCCAAUGACUUCUUUCCUGUCCAAGUCUCCUUCAUCUCCAAAAAAAAUUACUGUAACAUACAGGUAACCAAAGUGACCCAGGUAGAUGGGAACAGCCCAGUAAGGUUUUCCACAGAGACCACUUUCCUGGUGGAUAAGUAUGAAAUCCUGUAAUACCAAGAAGAGGAAACGGAAAAGGAAAACUUUCAAAUUAAUAAAGAAGAAGCCAACAGUGGCUGAAGAAUUUUUUUUCCAAAUCUACAAGCCAUUGGAGACCCUUUUUUUCUAGUAUGCACGGUUCUCGGCGCUCAAGGACCCUCAACUCACCCUCAGUGUUUCAUGUCACAGACACAUUCUUUGGCAAAGAAAUGACACAAACAGAAAGGGAAAGGCUGCUGAUUUCUUUGGCAGAUUUUACUGGCCAGCAGGAAAGCAAGCUCCAGAGAAUGCCCCCAGUUAAACACCUUCUCUGCCUGGCCUCGGCUGCUCCUUUAUUUUAAUCCCUAAACAUAUAGUUAUAGUUCAUACUUACUUUGUUUUUAAAAGUUCUCUGCAGAAAAUUUUAAUCUUUCAUACUCCUUUUCUUUACCUUCAGUUCUUUUCUUUCUAUACAUUCAAGCACUGGGAUCAUCUGUAUACAUGUGUUGUAUUUAUUGGGUGCUCCUAGACCAAGUUGAUCUACUCCAGUCUUGAUUUUUAGACUAUACAGGUGAAUUGUUUAAAGUGUUUGGAGUUUAGAAGUUAAAAGAUGAGGAUGUCUCGUGUUCUUUUCCUAUAUCCACUUAUUCUUUCACUCCUGUGACAAGUUGUUUUCCUUUUAGGCUGGUCCCUCCAGUUUAGAACGGUACUGGGAGUAUUAAAGACAGCUGGGAACGGUUUCAAAUGGCAUAGCCCGCUGAAAGAUGUCUGGGAGGAGAAGAGUUAUGUCCAGCUGGGGAUUUCUCAUCCACAGGCAGUCAUGUCUGCUGCUGGUGCUGCCGAGGCUUCCAGUUCUCCACAUUUUGGGUACUUCACCUAAAACAUCAUAGCUCAUAGUCUUUGGAAUCCAUUCAUAUUCCUCAGGUUCACCACCUCCCUCCUACUGGCUGUUGUCUAUGUCAUCAGUCCUUUUCUGGCAGAGACAAGGGUAUGAUUUUGGAGGCGUGUGUUCAGUGAGUCCUUGUGCCAAUUCCAUUGGCCCUAAACUAUCCAGGAGACUGCAUUGCCACCAGGAUUUUAGCAUUUCAAAAGGCAGCUGAUUAUACUGGCAUGUGUUAGAUUGCUGACAUCUACUCCCACUUCUGGCCUGCCCAGCCUUUUUUCACCAGCCUAUCUGUCCCUGUCUCUGAAAUCCAUCCAUUUCCUCGUCCAAGUCUUUUCCAGUGAGUGUCAUCAUUAGUAGUUAUUUUCUUAGCCCCUUCUUAUCCAUUACUUUUCCAAUUGAGAGGACUACACCAGCCAGCCCGUCUUUGGCCUUUAGCUCAGUAUUGCGCCCAGAAGGGUUGGUGUAGCUGCUGGGGGUGGCAGCCACAGGUGGGAGGAGGCAGGGGACUGGAUGACUCUGCACUGUCCUCUGGUGGAGAGGUCCACGCCCACUCGGAGCACGAAGAGUGUGUGGUACUUGAAGCAAAGCAGUCGCUCACCAAUGGUCAUGGAUGGAGUUGUUUGCCAAAGAAGCAUCUGGCCUUUCCCUUUCCCCUGACGGCAUCAGGGAAGAAUCCUUAUCUCCAGCUUGGUUUCCACCUGGGUUUUUUUGUUUGUGUGUUUUUGGUUUUUUUUUAAGGAAGGGGCCUGGGACAAGAAAUCUGUCAUGUAGUUAAAUAGGCAAAUCUUAUUAAUCCAGUUUUGUUUGAGAGUUGCUUGUCCAUAUGAUUUUUUUAAAGUCAAGUUUAGUUUUACAAAAACUUUUUUCUGAAAUUACUUUUGGGGUAUUAUUUAAAAUGAGAGAUGUUUUGUAACCCUGUAAAAUACAUAGGGAAUAUAACAUUCCAGUGUACACAAGAAAGGAAAAUUCUUUAAUCAAAUAAAUAGUAUUAUAAAAUGAA